CACCAAGUUCUCGAGAAAAGAAUCCAAUUGACUUGCAAACAUAUAUUGGUGGGUAAAAUAGCACUAAUAUUAGGAAAAACAAAAGAGCAUGAAGUAACCCAGGAACAGUAUCAGAUGUUAUUACAUUCCAUGUUUGAACAGCAGCAAUAAAAUGGAUGAUGGAACAUCACAAUAUUAUUUUACUGCUGCAAUGGACUCUGGAAAAACCCUGUGUAGUCUACUCAAAGCUAUACAGUUUCAAGAGUGUGCAGUAUUCUCAGCCAUGCCGGAAGGCUUAAAACUAACUGUAGAAGAAGGAAAAUGUGUUCAGGCCUCUGCAUACAUUCCAGCUGAGAAUUUUACUGAAUACAAUGUUAGAGAUGAUGUGGAUGUUAUGUUUAAGAUCAGCAUUGCAGUGUUGACAGAGUGCUUAAAUAUAUUUGGAUCAGGUGAAGAAUCCAGCUUGAAGAUGUAUUUUAGAUGCGAGGGAUCUCCACUUCUGUUGGUUUUACAGCCUCAGUCAGUGAACAAUGUGAUGACGGACUGUGAAAUAGCGACGCAAACUGCAGACUCAGUUCUAGAACUCAGGGAUGAAAAUGCUGAAGAUGUGGCAAAGUUGGUACUAAAGGCACCGGCUUUUCUCGGAUUGUUGGCAGACUUGGAGAGGACCUGUGAUACUAUUGAACUGAAUUUAUCCCCUGUUCAUCCACAUGUCAGCAUAGUAACAUAUGGCAUGCAGGAUAGAUCAUGUAUAGAAGUGCCAAAGUCUUCUGAUAUGGUACAGAGCUUUGCUUGUGAUCAGCCACUUUCACUCAAGUACCAGUCAUCACACAUACGACUCAUCAUGAAAGCUCUGGCGAUAUCUUCAAAGGCGGUUUUGCGUUGCAGCUCAAAUGGUUUACUGCUGCUUCAGUUGAAACUUGAGAAAGAAGACCAAAGACAAAUGUUCUCCGAAUUUUAUAUUGUGCCUCUAAUAGACGAUUGAUGAAACAAUUGAUUAAUCUAAUUUCUAAUUCACUCAGUGAAGUAAUUUUUUAUGAAAUGAAGUUUUCACAAGUCUGUGAUAUGUGAAUUCAGGCCGGUAUAAAUAGUCAGUACUCUUGAGUAGUCUCUUGAAUAGUCAGCAUCUUGAUGCAUCUCGGUCUCAAGACACGGUUCAGGCUCUGUGAUUGGUUGGCUGUCAAAAUUUUCACUAAUCACAGAGCCAAACCGAGAUACCGGCCUAAGAGUAAUUCACAAAUUCAUUGAAAUGAGUAUGUGGAUAAAAAAUAUUUAUAUUAUAGAAAUAAACUGCAGAUUUUUUAUAUAUUAACAGUUGCUCAAUCUUUUCAUGCAAAGUUUUUGUAAAAAAUGAUGUAAAAGUUAGUUCUCUAAAAAUAACCUGAAGAUGUAAAGUGUAAGUACAGGAUUUGAAUAUAAAUAAAGUUGAAAAUAUGA